CGGGCCUCGGGCGCGCGGGCCGCCCAGCUGUCAAUCACCAGCGGGCUGAGCUCCGCAAGGCGGGAGCUGCGGCGACGGCGGCGGCGGCGGCGGCGAAGGCGGCGGCGAUGAUGGGACCCCAGCGAGAGAUCUGCGGCUAGCUGGCUGCACUUGCUCCACGGGUCAGGGGAUCGGAGGGGACAGGUUUGAAGGAUGUGCCGUUAAGAAAGAAAGGUCAGAGACUAACAAGGAGAAGGAGAAGAGGAAGCGGAAAACUUCAAAGCCAGAGCUCAUAGGGCUGACGGCUGUGGAUGUUGUCAUUCCAGCUGGGAAGGAUGAGUUCUUGCAGCAACAUCUGUGGCACCAAGCAAGCACAGGCCGCUCCUGAGGGCGGGCACCAGCGCUACGGAGUCCGGUCCUACCUGCACCAGUUUUAUGAGGACUGUACCACCUCGAUCUGGGAGUAUGAGGAUGAUUUCCAGAUCCAGAGAUCACCUAACAGGUGGAGCUCAGUAUUCUGGAAGGUCGGACUCAUCUCCGGCACGGUCUUCGUGAUCCUUGGACUGACUGUCCUGGCGGCGGGCUUUCUCGUGCCCCCCAAGAUCGAAGCCUUCGGCGAAGCCGAUUUUGUGGUGGUCGACACCCAUGCCGUCCAGUUUAACAGCGCUCUUGACGUGUGCAAGCUGGCGGGGGCCGUUCUCUUCUGCCUCGGGGGCACGUCCAUGGCAGGGUGCCUGCUGAUGUCGGUGUUCGCCAAGAGCUACUCCCAAGAAGAAAAGUUCCUCCAGCAGAAGUUUAAAGAGCGAAUUGCAGACAUCAAGGCCCACGCCCAGCCCAUCACAAAAGCUCCGGGCCCGGGGGAAACCAAGAUUCCGGUCACUUUGUCCAGGGUUCAAAAUGUGCAGCCUGUAGCGGCAACCUGAAAGGCGUCCCACCCCGGGCUCCCCUCUCUGGUCACUUGGUGUUCACAGGGGACGGGGGCAGGCUUUGAGAUGAUGGGGCUUGGGCUUCAGUGGCCCCCCGCCGGGGCUCGGGCUUCACUGGCCCCCCGCCGGGGCUCGGCCACGGGCGGCCCGGGCGCUGAGCUCACCUGUGCUCCGUGCAGGUGGUUCAGGUGGUUCAGGUGGGGGUGAGGCGACCUGUCUGCUUGCACCAAGCUGCCGAAAGGGUGCUUCCGUGUGUCCCCCGGGCGCCCUCGGGAGCUCCCCCAGUUAUCGUGACUCUGUCGUCUCCCGCGUUAGUGAUUGUCACCCAAACGUUAGUCCUUUAACGACAUCUUAACAUGAGGUUACUGAGAUCAGAUGCGAACGUACUGGAGUUCUCCACAAAUCUUUUGCUUGUUUGUUUUCUCCAGUUUUUUUCUUUCUUUUUUUGUCUCCGCACUCGGAAAGCUAAAAUUGCCAACUUUAGAAUCUUGGGGAAGAAAUUAACAUUAGGGGUAUCUAUGCAGUGUCCACGGGCCAGGGAACGAGAUGCUACUACUGACUAGCUGUGUGACCUUGGGGGAUUUAACCUCCCUGCCUCAGUUUCCCCAUCUGUGUGACAGAGAUCCCGGACUGCGGUGUCAGAGAUUCCCCUUUUCCUGUGUGUCCUCGUGUCUCUCCAAGGACAUGUCUGCGACGUCCCCGUGGCUCUCUCCUCAGUGGGACCGUUUCAGAUCUGCACUCCCAGAAAACUCUGAGUCAGCACCUACUUACCUGUCAGUAUCCAACCCCAGCAGUUUACACAGUGCUGUCGUGUUUUUAUAAAGACAAAAGUAAGCCAUCCUCAAGGUGAGUCGGUAUUAACUUUUAAAAGGGUUUUCUCUCUCAAGUAAGAUGUUUCACGCUGCGGCAAGAUGCUCGUCUCGUCCCUAUGCACUUUCACUGGAUCUGUGGAUCGAAACCGGAUGGAGGGACGCGCGACCGCGGUAUUCCCUCAGAAUCUGUGCCACCUUCCAGUUCUGUCUCUCUUUUCUGUCUCCCUUCACUGGAUAAAUAAAAUAUGUGAACGAGUGGAA